GUGUCGUAAAACUCAACAGAAGAAGAAAAGGGCGGAAGUUAGCGACACCUCAAAAGGAUACCGUUUUUUUUAGUAGAAACAUCCCUCAAAAAAAUCUGUAAAACCACUCAAAGGGGCCAGAAUUCCAAUCGACUGGGGAAGAAAACAUUCAACAUGCUGAGAGAAUUGAUAAGAGAGCGACUAAUGGCGGCUGCUGAUGAAAUAUUCGGACUGGUUGAAAGAACAAUGGCGUCGUACGAGGAGGAACUUUCUCGAACAAGAGACGAGAAGGAGCGACAUCGACGACAACUGGAAGCUGUUAGAAAGACUCAAACUGUGCUAGGAGACGUCCAGCAGCUGAUUGGUCGUCAAGAGGAACGUCACCCUCAACAGCAGGGGGAGAGCUCUGCUUUGAAGCCUGAGAAUCCACAGCCCCAGCACAUUAAAGAGGAAGAGGAGGAACUCUGGAUUACCCAGAAGGGAGAGUGUCGUCGAAGGCAGAAGGAAGCUGAACUCACCAAGUUGCCACUGACUGUUGUUUCUGUGAAAACUGAAGACGAUGACGAGAAACCAGAAGCACACAACUUCUUAGCUCCACUAUCAGAUAGUGAUGACACGUCACACUCUGAUGAGGAUAAAGACAGGGACUACACCCUUUUGAGCGGUGCUGCAGACUGUGAAGGUGAAAUGAGGACCCACACUGACUACAAACAUUCUGAAUACUCUGAAAAGGAGACAGGUAAAGAACAUUUGACCUGCUCAGUUUGCGCCAAAAGCUUUUCUAAAAAGAGUGAUUUCACUCGACACGGGCGUACACACACAGGAGAGAAACCCUUUAGGUGUGUAGUUUGUGGUAAAGAUUUCUCUCAGAAAGUAACCAUGAAGUCACACAUGAGAACGCACACAGGCGAAAAACCCUUCAAGUGUUUAGUUUGCGAUAAAAGAUUCAGUUACAAUGCAUCUGUGGUAUCACACAUGAGAACGCACACGGGAGAAAAACCCUUUAGAUGUACGGUUUGCGAUAAAAGAUUCUCUCACAAUGCCACUUUGGUAACCCACAUGAGAACACACACAGGAGAAAAGCCCUUCAGAUGCUUGGUGUGCGAGGAAAGCUUUUCUUACAGAUACAGUUUGACUCAACAUAUGAGGACACACACAGGAUAAAUGCCCUUUUGUUGUUCAGUUUGUGGUAAAACAUUCUCUCAAAAGGUAAAUAUGGACUCACACAUGACAACACACACAGGGAAAAAGUUUAAAUGCUCCAUUUGCCACCUUUUCUUACAGAUAUAGUUUGACUCAACACAUGCGAAAGCACACCGGAGAAAAACCUUUUAGUUGUUCAGUUUGUGAUAAAAGAUUCUCACAGAAAUAAACUGUUAUAGCAUAUGAGAACGCACACAGGAGAAAAACCUUUUAGAUGUUCAGUUUCUCUCACAAUGCAACUUUGGUAUCCCACAUGCGAACACACACGGGAGAAAGACCUUUUAAAUGCUCCAUUUGCCGGGAAACCUUUUCUUACAGAUAUAGUUUGACUCAACACAUGCGAAAGCACACCGGAGAAAAACCUUUUAGUUGUUCAGUUUGCUUUAAAAGAUUCUCCCAAAAAGUUAAUAUGGAGUCACACAUGAGAACACACACAGGAGUAAAAUCAUUCAGUUGCUCAGUUUGUGGUAAAAACUAUUCUUAUGAGAAAAGUUUGACCACAAUGUAGAAUAAAUGUUGAUGCUGUCCGGUUUAUGCGAAAUAAUUCACCAAGUUACCUGAAAAGCGAUGAUCAGCAGUUUACUUUGUGAGUGCCAAGUUAGUGUGCCGCAAGGAACAGCAGCUACACAACUUUAAAUCAAACCUGAUGUAGGGCUGCACCAUUUUGGAUCAAAUAAGGCGAUUCUCUUUUUCCACUAGUACUUAUUUUACCACUGAUUUUAAAAAGCAUGCAAUAUAUGUGCAAUAUAUUUUGUUCAGUGGCCACCGUGAUUUUAAUUGUAUUUUAAGUAUUUGACAUGUAACAUGUGUCUCUUUAUAUUAAGGAUGCACAAUACUUUUCUCUCAUGCCGAUAUUGACAACUUACUGCUUUUCAAGACCGAUACGGUCAGCCGAUAAUUUUUUAAUGUAUAUUUAACUGUUUGUGAACACCUGGAGGUAAGAGAAACUAAAAAAAUAGAUUGAUAUGGCAGACCGUACCUGUAGAUCUUUAUAGUUUCUGCAACGAUGGUAAAGGCCUGGUUGUCAAGUGGCAUCAAUUUAAUAUUAAAAUCACAGAUCGCUUUAGCCAUCAGAUCGUCUCUGGCAAACUUUUUGCGCUUUUCAAACGCUGCAGCGAUAGAAACACGACCUCAGCUUUUCUUUGCGUCAGCUUCUUUAGCAGCACAGGCGUCUCCGCAGGCUUUUUAAACACCUGCCGUCUUAGGUGGCUGAUACAGUUUGAUGUGUUGGUGCGUGAUGUUUUACCCUUCUGCAGAACUUUUGGUGCAAAAAGCACACAAAGUCUUCCUCUGAAACAUCGAAGAAGUCCCACACGAUCGAUGCCAUAUUUGUUUACAUUGAGCUCGGA